AUGCCUCCGUUCGGGGAGACGGUUGCUGUCAUUGACAAGUCUGGAAAGGUGGUCAGCACGAGCAAGCACCUCUUUGGUGUCUGGAAUCAAGCCAAGAAUGCCUAUCGCGAGCGCAAGGCGCAAGUCCAAUCUGAACGGAAUGCGAAAGUUGCGGAGAGAAUCGCCGAACGCCAAGCAUUGAAGGCGUUGCAGAACUACACUAUUGAUGACUCCCCUUCAGUGGCUUCCUCGCGGAGGAGCCGCUCGCGACAUCAUUCAAGCCGGAAACACCACAACCACCAUGACCGUCCCCGCGGCGGAUCAAUCUACGAGCAAGAUUUGCAUUCCUCUGCACCUCGCGCAGAAUCUCACUAUGGACCUCCGGGGGAAGUGGUCCGACGUCACACCCAUCACGAUAUUACCCUGAGAGAACCUGGAGCCCGCCCCCCUACCGCGCGCUCUAAAUCCGAUGCUCACGUCGACAUGGACCUAGCCUACGGCGAGUUCCACCCGUCUGCUAUUGCCGGAAAUUCUCCUCGGAACGAUCAACAACUACAGAAAAUUGACGAUCCCGAACUAAAUGGUCUUGUUAACCGGGCCCAGUGGUUGUUGGAGGAAGCCAACUGUGUACAUCACAGCGCGACAAACACUAUUAGCCAUCUACAAAAGAACCCAGAUGCUAUGGCAGCUGUGGCACUCACACUUGCGGAAAUCAGCAACCUCGCAGGAAAGAUGGCACCAUCGGCACUCGCAAUGUUGAAAACCGCGGCACCGACAGUCUGGGCCCUGCUCGCCAGCCCGCAGUUCUUAAUUGCCGCCGGUGUCGGUCUCACAGCCACGAUCGUUAUGUUUGGCGGUUAUAAGAUCGUUAAGCAGAUGCAAUCUUCCGACCAGAAGCGAUUAGAAGCGGAUGAACGUUCAAGACAAAUGGACGAAAUGAUUGAAUUCGAUACCGACUGCCUCAGUUCCGUGGAGAUGUGGCGACGAGGCGUGGCAGACGCAGAGGCCCAUAGCGUCGCAACCUCCGUGGACGGCGAGUUCAUUACACCCAAGGCCGCAGCGAUGUCCGGAAUCGACGUAACCACCGCGCGACUUACGCACGACCCCCGCUUCAAAUUCGAUGACAAUGAGUCUAGAGCUUCUUCCCGUCGAUCGCACCGUUCGCGGGCUCCACGAUCUACUCGCGCUCCCACCAGAGUGGACACAAGGGCGGAAUCUAUUUUCUCAAAACGAAGCAAGGCACCCCCGUCUAAGGCCCCGUCCAGAGCGCCAACAAAGGCUCCAUCAAAAGCACCCUCAAGGGCUCCAUCAAGAGCCCCUUCCACAGCCGAUUCGCGGUAUUUGGAUAAAGAUAGACCUCCUAAGGAUAAACCGAAGCGCUCCAGUCGCUUACGCUUAAUGUUCCGUGCUUAA